AGUAUAAUUUAAAGUAGCUGAAAUAUCUGUUAAACUGUAAUGUAUUUCUGUGAUGCGCAGCUGUAUUUUCAGCAUCAUUACUGCAGUCUUCAGUGUCACAUGAUCUUCAGAAAUCAUAAUAAUAUACGGAUUUGCUGCUUUAAAAAAACAUUCCUGAUUAUUAAUAUUCAUUUUUUAACUUAAUAAUUAUCACGCUACAUGUUAUCAUGUAGUAAUGUGUUGAUUCAUUUAGACAGGUGACGCCACUUCUACAUUUAAGAGACGUCGAGUGUCAUUUACAAACAUGUCAACAUACUGGUAAAAGUUACGCAAUAUGAGGGUAAAUGUCAACAUGGACAUAAAGCAGCUCAGUAACAUAUGAAGAUAAUAUCAGUCGUCGAAUGGCAGAUCAGUUAUCAGGGCCGCAGACAUUGGUUUCUAUAGUAUUUCUGUAAUAUUUUGAAGUAUAUUAACAUAUUUUGUCGAAUAUAAAGAGUCGAAAUGAAACAUUACGGAAGUAAAAUCAGCGCGAUUGUGUGCGGUUGGUCCACAGCCGGCCUCCGUAGUGUCGGUGUGACGCGCCGGGAGUUUCCGUGUUUCUGAAGAGUGUCACCGAGCGGCGGUGAUGUCUGUCCCGGGACACACACGCGGUGCUCCUGCGGGGGGCGCAGUGCUGCUCACACCGGCCUUUCCUUCACUCUACCGCAUUCAAACAUCAAACCGCAUUCGUGCUUCACCGGAAACAUUUCUGCACUGAAAUUAUCAUUGUUUAAAUGCGCCAAUUUCAAGGAUUGUUACCUGACACACGAACGCAAACCCGCUGCUGCGGUUUCUCUGAAAAACGCGAAUAAAACGCCUCGACCUGUAAUCAGAAGCCGCUGUGAUUGGUCCAUCCGUGCAGCGUUGAGUAAAGAAACGGGUACCACGUGACCGACGCCGACACCCUGUCGUUUCAGCUACGGUUUGGACAGUAAUUUACACGCGAGUAAAGACGGAAAUAAACUUCUGUAUUGGAAUUACGCAGUUUAGAGUUGAAAUAUGAACAUUAUUCCUUAAACCCAUCGUACGCGACCAAUCAGAGACGGCGGCCGCGCUACGAAGCCCCGCCCACUGUCAAACCCCAGUUUCCGCUCUCGCGCUUCCCGCGUUUCUGCAGGGAGUCGCCCGUAGUAACCGCCCGAGCUGCUCAGACCGGAUUCACGAGAGCAAAAUAAAGCCACAGAAAAUGAGAUAUAUUAAUCAGCACACGCGGAAACACCGUCUCUGAACUGCUCGCGCUGGAUAUUUGUGGGCGGUAUCGAGGAGCUCCGUCAUGAGAUGACUGUGAACCUGAUCACGGAGGACCAUGACUGGAUCGGUAAGGAUUUAAAGAUGCUGUUAUCAGUGUGAGGAGGAAUAUAUCAGCGGCAGCGGCGGCUGGAGACAUGAAGACAGCGCUCAUCUUGAGCUGUCUGCUGUUCAUCGCUCGAGCAGAAGAGCCCCAGAAGCCCGUGCAGUACCUGCGCAUCGGAGACGGCUCCUCGCAGGAGUUCGAGUUCCCCCAGAACACCCGCGGCGUGAUCGUCAUCUCCAGCCGGUACGGCGGCCCCGGGGCCCGCAGGGGCCGCGAGAGCCUCAAGCAAACGCUCCGCGUGAGCUCUCUGGAGCCGGACGUCAUCUCCAUCCUGAAUGUGAGCGACGGCGGAGCCGCCAGCAGCUACGUCAUCAGCAUCCGCUCCGGCGGGCCGGGCACGGCACCGCUGCUCCUCCAGCUGCUGGACCUGGCCCGGGGCCCGGAGCCGCUGCUGAUCGAGGAGCGCAGGGACUACUCCAUCCGGGUGGCGCCGGGUGGGGACGACUCCGUGGGCCACGUCCUCGGGCUGUCGCACUUCUCGGAGAGCCCGGUGCUGUUCGCCCUGCUGCCGCUCAUCUUCAUCAACAAGUGUGCGUUCGGCUGCAAGCUGGAGGUGGAGGUGCUGCGGGGCCUGCUGCGGAGCCCGGGGCCGCUGCUGCUGGGCGUGCUGGGCCAGUUCCUCAUCAUGCCGCUGUAUGCGUACGGACUGUCCCGUCUGGCGGCGCUGCCCAAGCCGCUGGCGCUGGGGCUGGUCAUCACCUGCUCGGCCCCGGGCGGCGGCGGGGGGUAUCUCUACAGCCUGCUGCUGGGGGGAGACGUCACCCUGGCCAUCAGCAUGACCCUCGUCUCCACCGUGGUGGCGGCCGCAGCCAUGCCGCUGUCCUCGGCGCUCUACGGCUGGCUCCUGGGGGUCCACGCCGCGCUCCACGUGCCCUUCCUCAAGAUCCUGGGCACGCUGCUCUUCAUCGCCAUCCCUCUCUCGCUGGGCGUGCUGGUGAAGCUGCGUCUGCCGGCCGUCUCCAGCGUGCUGCUCGCCCUCAUCCGCCCCUGCAGCCUGGCGCUCAUGGUGGGGGGCAUCUUCAUGGCCUACCAGAUGGGCUCGUCCAUCCUGGCGCAGGUGCGGGCCCCGGUGGUGGCGGCGGGCGUGACGGUGCCGGUCUUCGGGCUGCUGGCGGGGCUGGGUUUGGGGCGUCUGGCCGGGCUGCCGCUGGCGCAGGGGAAGACGGUGGGCAUCGAGGUGGGGGUGCAGAACAGUCUCCUGGCGCUGGCCGUCAUGCAGCUGUCCUUCCAGCGGGCCGAGGCCGACUACGCCUCGCAGGCGCCCUUCAUCGUGGCCCUCAGCAGCACCUCGGAGAUGCUCCUGCUGGUGCUCGCUCACGCCGCCCAGCGCCGCCUGUGCCUGACCGCUGCCUGACCGCGGCUCUCGCCCAGCGCUGACACUGCCACUGUUCCUGUCUUACUACCAAAGGCCUUCGCUCCCUCUGGCCGCUUUGAUUUCAGCCUCUUUUUUAAAUCAGAUUUUAAUUGACACGCGUAUUACGACGACAGUGUUUACGGGAGAUAUGAGAUAUUUUUCUAAGUAAUUUUGCGGUAUGUUAUUUUGUAAUUCAGACGGUUGGUUUGUAUCUUGUUUACAGCUGACGUGUGGCUGAGAUGUUGUGUGAUGAUGGUGAUUGUUGAUGUGAUUGAACCGUGCGCUCAAACAAUGGUGAUUAAAUGCUUUUUGACAAGACAAAAGAAAGAGUGUCUUUCAGUAUUAUUAACAGCACUAUGAGCUUUGCUAGCGAUUUCUCUCAAAUCAAAGUCUACCUGUUUCAGAUUCAUCUUAUAGUGAUGAAGAUUUUAUUCUUAUCAGCAUCCGAACAGACUGUGAGCUGCUGACCCUUGUCCUGAGUUCAGUUCAGUGAACUAGAGAUAUGUUUAUCUUCAGUGUUUGCGUGCGAGCAAAGCUCAUCUUAGCAGAACUGGGCCAGACCGACGAGACAGAGUACAGUUCUUCUUAACUGCUGUUUUCUUCUUUUUUUAACUUGAGAAUAAAGUUGGGAAUAUUUUGUAUUCCUUAAGAAUGUACUUCAUCUUGUUUAUUUAUUAUAAUUAUUAAUCGCAUCCAAAAU